GUUUGUUCAUGUUACUCUGAAAUGAUAUUAGAGAAACCGAGACACAAACUGAGAGAUGAGUGUGCGUGGCAGAACAAGGGUGUAUCAGUAGUCAAUGGUCACUGGAGCUUGCUGGGUAACUCAUUUUCUCUAGUGGGUCCUCUUCUGCCCCCUUAUGAACCUUUAUAAAGUGACAUAAGAGUCACUGGGAAGUGACAGAAAAAAAAGUUCACAGCUGAUUUAAUUUCACUUCCUUUUCCCUUUCCAAGCCAAGCCAAAGAACUCAUACUCAAACCUCUUCCUUCAUUCCACUCCCAAAAUAAACUUAGUUUCUGCCACAUAAACCUUCAUACUCAAACUUCAAAUAUCCAAUUCUAUUCAUAACAAUGAGUGUUGAACCUCACAACUCAGAAACAGAGUCAAAUUCAAACUCAAAUUCAUAUACAUCAUUAUCAUCAUCAUCGCCACCGCAGUCCAACAACAACAACACAAAGCGCAAUCGAGAAUCGAACACACACGCUGUGUACAGGGGAGUUCGAAUGAGGACUUGGGGGAAAUGGGUGUCCGAAAUUCGGGAGCCAAGGAAGAAAUCACGCAUAUGGCUAGGCACGUUCUGCACGCCAGAAAUGGCCGCCAGAGCGCACGACGUGGCGGCUCUCAGCAUCAAGGGAAGCGCCGCCAUUCUCAACUUCCCUGAGCUCGCAAACUUGCUGCCGCGGCCGGCGUCGCUUGCUCCUCGUGACGUUCAGGCUGCAGCAGCAAAAGCGGCGCACAUGGACUUCCCCUCUCCAACCUCCUCGUUGAUGUCUUCUGCAAUGGACAUUUCCUCUGCUUCUGAUGAGCUCAGUGAGAUAACAGAGCUUCCCCGUUUGGAAAACAGUGAUGAGUGUGGCGAGCUGGAGAAUGAGUUCGUGUUGGUGGAUUCCAUCGAUGAGUGGAUGUUUCAGCCGCCAUGGUUGCAGACCAUGGAAGAUUUCGUCUGGAGUGGCAGAGAUUGGGGUUGUGUGUAAUUUGAUGUUGUGUGCUUGAUUUGCUCUGUUUCUGGGAAUGUCUCUGUUUUUCUACUCUGUUCUUGUUUGGUAUAAAAAUAUCUCCUUUUGGCGUGUAUCGGUAUCAGCAGCCACUAUAGGUUGUUGCUCACUUCAUCACUUAACCAUCAUAAGAUUGGGGGUUUGAUUAUCACCCCUGGGAGUGAAGCAUAUUUCGUGGCCAGUCGCUUACAUUACUGCGAUCAUUUGCGACGAAGAAAUUAGUUAUUACCGUCAGCAGAGGUGGAUAUUUGUGUCAACAAAAGAAAAAGGUAAAAAUGCACCAGCAGCCACUUGUGGUUCUUUCUUUUAGGGGCUAUAAUAACUCACUCUUGUGGAUUUUUAUCCUUUUGUCUUUGUCUUUGUCUUGCCCCCUCAUUAUGUGUGCCUUUCUUUCUCCUUAUUAGAAUUGUAAAUGCUUAUAAAUGAAUAAAGUAAGAUGAGAAAGUGUUUGUGUUC